CCACUAUCUGCCGGGGACUGAACUUGGUUGAUUUGCGUCCAGCUUCUGCUCUCAGUCGUUGAUAAGAUCCAGGUCAGUCAGUCCGAGUGUGACUGAGUAGAAACGUAGUAGAGUCAGAUGCUUGAUCCCGCAGUCCAGUAGUGAGAUCCGAGCUGAUCACAAAUCCUGGCUCGCUGCGCAUAGAUCCAUCUGGUUCGGUGUGACAAGCAGAGGAUGAUAGCGAAGUGACUUGAUUAGUGGCUGUAGCUUACGAGUGUUGGCAAUCAAUCGAAUCGUAUUUGCCCAAUCAAUCGGGACGAAGCGGUGUUCAAAAUGGGUAACGAACCGGGCGUUAGUGCGCGCACAGUAUUAUGGUACUUAGUGUUUGUUGGUUUUGCGGUUAACUAUAUGGUGCGAAUCAAUGCCAAUAUCACAAUAGUAGCGAUGGUCAGAUCGGGCGGUGCGAAAAAUGCGCAGCUCGAUCAGGAGACGGAACUGGGAUCAACAGUUGGCUUGUCAGAACAGCAACAGCCGAGGAUGUAUGCUUGCUACGUGGAGAGGAACGAGUCGGAUCUCAGCGCUGAAAAUGCACCGAGCGGGGGUGGAUCAGCCGGCAGAACACAAAACGAACCGAAGCUUGUCUCACUGGAGAAAUUACUGCUGAGGGCGUUGCAGCUCGACACCCAAGAAGAAGGCUUCGAAUGGGACGAAUACGACCAAGGCUUGGUGUUGGGGUCAUUCUUCUGGCUGCACUGGUUGACCCAAGUGCCGGGAGGUGUGUUGGCCCGGAAAUACGGCACCAAAAUGGUAUUCGGCUUGGCCAAUGCCAUCGGAUGCUGGUUGUGCUUCCUAAUGCCAUUGGCAUCGUACCUGGACUAUCGGAUACUGAUUUUCCUGCGAGUUCUUCAGGGAUUUAUAUGCGGAGUAUCAUGGCCUGCAAUGCACCACAUGGCCGGACAAUGGAUCCCACCGAACGAGCGCAGUAAUUUCGUAACAGCCUACCUGGGAAGUUCCGUUGGAGUUGCGCUCUUCUUCCCACUCUUCGGUUAUAUCAUCUCCUGGACUUCGUGGGAGUAUGUUUUCCACUUUUGUGGUAUCUUCGGCACCGUCUGGUACGUCGCAUGGCUCUACUUCGUGUAUGACUCACCGGCAGAUCAUCCUCGAAUUCAUCCCAAAGAGCGUGAAUACAUUGAAAGCUCACUGGGAAUUACCGAAAAGUCUAAAGAACAGGAACGCCAAGAACGAACGCCCUGGAUGAAGAUGAUCCUCUCGAAAGCCAUGUGGAUGACGGUCAUUGCUCAAUGGGCUGGUAUCUGGGGGUUAUUUACCGUGAUGACCCAGGCUCCAAGCUACUUCAACUACAUCCAUGGGUGGGAUGUGAAAAUGACGGGGAUCCUAUCCGGCAUUCCACAUCUCUGCCGAAUGAUAUUCGCGUACAUCUUUUCCAUGAUCGGAGACUAUCUCCUUCAGCGGAACCUCAUGUCCCGAACAAAUGUACGGAAAAUGGGUGGAACGUUCUGUUGUAUAGUGAAUGGGUUCUUCGUACUAGCACUGGCCUACAGCGGUUGCAACUCGCUGUCUGCCAUCUUAUUCCUCACGCUUGCCACGAUGGUACAUGGAUCCGUAUCGACUGGACCGCUGGCCAACAUAAUCGAUAUGAGCCCCAAGUAUGCCGGCAUUCUGUUGGGAAUCAGUGGAAUGAUAACAGUCGUUCCAGGAUUCGUUUCACCGAUCUUGGUUGGAAUCCUCACCUUGGGAAAUCAAACGGUCAAACAGUGGGAAUAUGUGUUCCUUAUCAGCGCCUGGAUGCUCAUAGUAGGCGGAAUUCUUUACAUCCUCUUUGCGGAUUCAUCCUUGCAGCCGUGGAACUCCGCGGACCACCAAGGUGAUGCAAUCGAUGGGCGGGAGCUGGUCAGCUUGAAGCUGGACGUGGAACAGGCUAUACUCGCGAAGGAGAAGGAAGCCACCGAGGCAGGCCAGGAAGCGGUUACGGCGGAAGUGACUGACGAUAGAUACGGCGAUGAUGACUAUCCCAAUAGUACAGUAUUAGCGCGAUAAACUUGGUUGCAUAAAGAUGAGGUUGAAUUUUAA